AAGGGAAGCAGAUCGGCUGCUUCGCCUCUAAGAGGAGUGGAGAUCUCGGAAAAUGCUUUGAUCAACGAUCGCUGGCACAGGAGGUUGUAGGAGGCACUGGGCACGAACUAGGGCUUGCCACAACAGCUGCCAGAUCAGAUAAAGGAGACCGUGUUAGAAGUGUGAAAAAGACCAGAUGGCGCCCACCAGCGACGAGACGGCUGUGCCUCUCCUGAGCGGCCAUGCCCACCCAACAUGGAACUUGCGCACCACGUUCUCUGCCCCUCUGGCAGUGAUCCUGGCUGCCCUGCUUGGGGUGUUUAUUGCCUACGUUAAAUACCCCGAGCUGGAGUCCACCGACGCCCAUGUCAACCAGUACUACAUGUACUACAUCCACGUGGCCAUCAUGAUCUUCGUUGGUUUCGGGUACCUCAUGACUUUCCUGAGGCGGUACAGCUACAGCGCUGUGGGUCUCAACUACCUGACAUCAGCAGUUGUCAUGCUGGAGGCCAUCGUCUUCGUGGGGCUAGUGCAGCAAGUCAUCUUUGGGGACUUGUCCUACAUUGAGCUGAACUUGCCGCUGCUGAUCGACUCAGCAUUCGCAGCCGGUGCGGCCAUGAUCAGUUUUGGGGCCGUCCUUGGAAAAGUGUCACCUGCCCAGAUCACCCUCCUGCUUGUGCUGCAAGUCCCCAUCUACGCGUUCAACGCCCAUCUGGCCACAGAGGUUUUUGGCGGGCUGGAUGUGGGUGGCAGCAUAACAAUACACGCGUUCGGCGCGUAUUAUGGCCUGGCCUCAGCGCUAGUGCUGGCUCCGGUGGCUGCCGGGUCGUCCCACCCCAAGAACGGCGCUUCAUACGUCUCGGACAUGACCGCCAUGAUUGGCACCAUCUUCCUCUUCAUCUUCUGGCCCAGUUUCAACGGCGCUCUCGCCUCCGGAGUGCCAGGGACCAUCUCUCCGGGGCCCUUCCAGCAGUUCAACUGCAUCAUAAACACAGUGAUCUCACUGCUCGGCGCCACCAUUAUCACCUUCAUUGCAUCAGCCUUCGUCGGCGGAAAGUUUGACAUGGUGCACAUCCAGAACGCCACGCUGGCCGGCGGAGUCGCCAUCGGCUCGGCCGCAAAUCUGAUGGUCGGCCCCGGCGGCGCGCUCGGAGUGGGAAUACUGGCCGGCCUGAUUAGUACGCUGGGCUAUGCCUACCUGUCACCCAUGCUCGAAGCCAAGAUCGGCCUGCGCGACACCUGCGGCGUGCACAACCUGCAUGGCAUGCCCGGCAUCCUCGGCGGCCUGGUGGCUGCAGUGACGGCUGUGCUGGCCCCAGAGGCCAACGCCCCUGUCAUGAAGUAUGGCGGCAGCACACAGGCGCUGUACCAGCUGGCGGCCCUGGGAUCCACCCUGGUGAUUGCCAUUGUGGGUGGAUUACUCAUGGGUCUGCUGGUCGCCAAGCUGGACGUUGCAGUGGCAGGCCAGGAGCUCAGUCACGAGCACCUGUUCGAGGACUGUGUGUACUGGCACGAGGUGGAGCCAGAGGAAGCUGAGGGGCAUGCAGCCGUCAAUGGCACAGCCGCCGAGGAGUGAAGUCUACCAAGCAAAUGAUGUGCUUCUAGUCAACUGCUCAGGCCAAUACUGACCACGCGUAAGCUCACGAGAGGCGUGCAUUGAAGACUGUGAGCAGUGCUGUGUUUGCACAUCACAGGUGCAUAACAUUUCGAGGAAUGACCAUGGCUUGCGCAGCAUGCUGCAAGGGCCUUUAAAAGUUUCUCUGCUGUCAGGCACGGAUCAAAUUUCUCAUUAAAUAUUGCUAGUCAGUUUGCGCUUGAAAUAAAAACAUUUGCAAAAUUUCCAAAC